UUCAUUAAGAGAACUAAAGAGCAUCUCCAGUACUCUAUAUAAGCAAAGAAUUAGGCAAACACAAAUCUCGCACUUGCAUUGAUCACAUAGCAAGCUCACACACGAUGCCACUUUCUGUGCCCAAGUCUGCAAAAGGAAGCUUCUGUCUAACAGAAGAACAGCUCAAAGCUAUGUUCAAAGAUAACGAUUCCAACGGAGACGGUCUCCUUAGCAAAGAAGAGGUAAAGAAAACGUUUCAACUGCUCGGUUCUCGCCUCCCCGACUGGAGAGUUAAACGCGCGCUUCGCCGCGCUGAUGCGGAUGGUGAUGGUAAUAUCAGUAUGCAGGAGUUGAGUGAGCUUGUUAAGUAUGCUGGUAAACUGGGAUAUACUCUUGCCUAGUUAUCUGAUUCUUGAUUAUCUAUGCUUAAAAAAAAAGGAGUAAGUACUUGUACUGUAAAUCUGUAAUUGCUCUUUCUAUCAGUUUUAAUUUAUAUGUACGUGUGUGCUUUGUUCAGCCUGUAAGCUAUACAAGCUUCUUUUGAUUAAAUAUGAAUAUCCUACUCUGGCCGUUUGAUCCUAUAAAUACAUGGAAAUAGCAUCAGCUAAUUUACUGA